AACAAAUUUCUUUUAUUGUUGUUAUUUUGUUGAUGAUCGUAAGUGCCGCUUACGAUACAGAUAUUGUAUUGUCAUGUAAAUAUAAAUAUCUGUUGAACAAAUUUUAUAUGAGUCAUAUGUGUUUUGUUUGAAGAAUUCCAAUAACUGUUUGAAAUAAUCAAAAUAUUCUCCGGCUUUCCAAUCGCUUUCCCAUCGCUUGUUCCUGAUGUUUGAACAAUUCAAUCCUAAAUUUUGAAUACCAGAAGAAUUUUGAAGUUACAAAAUGAUGAACUCUCGAUUAGCUACCCCUCAAUAUGAGAGGAUUAAUAAGGAAGCUUUGAAAGUUCCAAAUGAGUGGAAGAAAAAAGUUAAGUCAGAAUAUAUGAAAUUGCGUCAACUAAAAAGAUUUCGUCGGAAUGAUGAAAUAAAGUCAGCCUAUCUUGCAAAUCGCAGAUAUAUCUCAGAAAAAGUAGUGUUGCAGGAAAACUACUUUCAGGGGACAAAUGCCAUUUCUGUCUUCCCUACUGAUUUGCCUGAUCAUUAUCCUGUGAUGAAGAAGUGUGAAGUUAAACAACCUGAUGGUGUAGUUCAAUCAACUCCUCUUCGCAUCAUGUAUGCUGUCACUCCAAUUCCUACCAUGUAUACUUGGGCUCCUAUCCAGCAAAAUUUUAUGGUAGAAGAUGAAACAGUUUUACACAACAUUCCAUAUAUGGGAGAUGAAGUUCUUGACCAAGAUGGCUCUUUUAUUGAAGAAUUGCUAAAAAACUAUGAUGGGAAAGUUCAUGGUGACAGAGAGUGUGGCUUCAUCAAUGAUGAAAUUUUUGUAGAUCUAGUUCAGACCUUGAUGAAUCAAGUUGACCCAAAAUCUUCCAAAUUAGAAUCUGAAGAUGCUCAUGACAAGUCUUCACUUACACGUAACAAAAAGGCUCCUCCAAAGCCUGCUUGGUCAGCCUCUGCUACUUCUUCUCAUGAAAAACAAGCAUCAUCUGAUCAAUGUGAUAUAAUCUUUGCUGCUAUAUCAGCUGUAUUUCCUGACAAAGGGGCUCCAGAACAAUUAAAGCAAAGAUAUAGAGAAUUAGUUGAUAAGAAAGACUCAAACUCUUCAUUACCUGAAUGCACCCCUAAUAUGGAUGGUCCAAUGGCUCAAUCUGUUAUUCGAGAACAAAGCAUGCAUUCUUUCCAUACUCUUUUUUGUAGAAGAUGCUUUAAAUAUGAUUGUUUUUUGCAUCAUGUAACAGAUGUACAUGUGAGCCAUGAAAAGGCUAAAGAAAGCUCUGGUUCAUUUCAUCCAUCUCCCAGUCAGUUCAAACACAAGAUUUGUGAUAUGAAACCAGAUAAUACUCCAUGUGGAUAUCAGUGUUAUCUCCACCUUGAUCUGGUACAAGAGAAACUUCGAGAAAAACUAAAAGAAAAGGAGGAGCAAAAUGAGCGGCGAAAAAUGAUGAAGCAAAUGUCUGUGGAUAGCGGCAAUGAGGCCAGUAGCGAAGACAGUAAUGACAGUCUCAGAAGCUCUCGUAAAAGAGUUAUACCCGAAAGAGAAAACAGUGAAGGUAACUUCAGUAUUAUCAGUCAUACCAUUUCUAGUAAAUUGAACUUGAAAGACCUGGAAACCACUUGGUCUGGAGCUGAGCAAUCACUCUUUAGGGUUCUUUGGAAAGUCUUUGUUGGUAACUAUUGUGCCAUUGCUCAGAUGCUUAAUGGAAAAACAUGUGCUCAGACCUAUGCCUUUGCACAGAAAGAGCUUGCAGAUUAUCACCCUGAAGAGAACACCCUGGAUAACACCCCUCCCCGUAAGAAGAAGAAGAAACAACGGCUUUGGUCAAUGCAUUGUCGUAAGAUUCACUUCAAGAAGGACUCUGCCUUUAAUCAUCUCUAUAAUUACACACCCUGUGAUCAUCCUGGACAGCCAUGUGACCUCUCUUGUCCUUGUGUUAUGGCACAGAACUUUUGUGAAAAAUUCUGCCAUUGUAGCUCUGAUUGCCAACAGAGAUUCCCCGGUUGUCGCUGUAAAGCUCAGUGUAAUACAAAGCAAUGCCCAUGCUAUCUUGCUGUUCGAGAAUGUGAUCCUGAUUUAUGCCAGACUUGUGGUUCUGAUCAAUUUGAUGUUCGAAACAUAUCAUGUCGAAAUGUUUGCGUACAAAGAGGGCUGAGAAAGCAUCUGCUAUUGGCUCCCUCUGAUGUUGCUGGAUGGGGAAUUUUUCUGAAAGAUACUGCUCAAAAGAAUGAAUUCAUAUCGGAAUAUUGUGGAGAGAUAAUAUCACAGGAUGAAGCUGACCGAAGAGGAAAAGUAUAUGAUAAAUACAUGUGCAGCUUCCUCUUCAAUCUGAACAAUGAUUUUGUAGUGGAUGCCACCCGCAAAGGCAACAAAAUUCGUUUUGCUAAUCAUUCAAUUAAUCCCAAUUGUUAUGCCAAGGUGAUGAUGGUGAAUGGAGAUCAUCGCAUUGGCAUCUUUGCCAAAAGAGCCAUACAAACCGGAGAAGAGCUCUUCUUUGAUUACAGAUAUGGUCCAACAGAGCAAUUGAAAUUUGUAGGCAUUGAGAGAGAAUGCGAAUUUCCAUAAGAGAACAGUUAAAAGAAGCACUAAUGUAUUCAUUUAUAUAUAUAUAUAUAUAUAUAUAUAUAUAUAUAUAUAUAUAUAUAUAUAUAUAUUUCCUUUUUUUUAUCAAGAAAAUACCAUACUCGUGUGUAAACAUAAGUGUAGAUAUGCUUUUGUCUUAAGGUAAUGAUUUGGAAGCUAUAAUUUGAUUCUAUUCUUUUAUGAGCAAGUUAUGCUUUAGUUUCAAAUCUUUUUGAUUUAUAUCUAAUUCCAAUUUGCUUUUUCAUUUGCAUUAUUACCCUUAGAAAUUGCAUGAACAAUUUUCAGCUUUAGGUUUCAUUAUGUAAUAUUAAAAUCCAUUUUCAUCAAGUGAUUACUUGUUGUUUGUUCCAUGAAUAUUG